AGUCUGAUUUAACAAUGAAAAGAAAGGUUUCAACGACGGAUUUCGACACUGUGGAUUUAUUACGGCCAGCAAAAAGGCGCAGACUAGACGACGAUAAUCAAACGGAUGGGCCUGGUGCUGCUGCACCCUGUCACCAAAAUCAGGCCGCAGACAGUCAUUUGAUACUGGCCAAAAAUGUCGUGUCAUCUACUCAACAUGACUCCAGAGAGAAAGAAAUACUCCAUGUUGCUCAAAUGGAAGACAAGCAGACACCUAAUGCUAACUUACAAAGUGAAACUGACAGAGUAGAGAACACCAAUGUGCCUGUGGACGACCAGAAAGAACAGCCCUCACAAAUCAACAGAUUUUUGCUGUGGCUUCUAAAUAUAUACCCCAGCAAACAACGAGUAGUACUGAAACCGCCACCAAUACCACAACAAAAUGAGCUGAAUAAACCAAGCCUCAGUAAUAAUGGGGAAGGAGCAACAAAAGUAUGCGAGGACUUUCCUGGCUCGUCUUCUGGUCUGACAAUACUGGCCCAGACUGCAUUAUCAGCUGAUUACCUUUCCAGUAACAGUUACCCAACAAAAAGUGCAGAAACUGACACAAAGACAAUCACCGAAGGAGUGAGAAGUCAGCCCUCCAAACUUGACCGACUUUUGUCUUAUCUUAUGCCUUCUGGUUAUCCUUCUGAGACAGGACCAGGGUCAUCAACCAAAUCAGUCUGUCACAGGGAGGCGGAUAAACCGAGCGGCAGUUCUCAGUCAAACACCUCUGAAAGUACAAAAAAACGUAGAAAGGGCGUGCCACAUAAGCGACCUUCCUCGUCCUCUCAGACCGCCUCGACUGAGGGCGUACCAAACAAAAAGGUCAAACUGAGUGAUAAAAGUAGUUCCAUCAAAAAGGCGAAAGAAAAAGUUAAAAUCAAGCCACCUCAGUCACUUAUUGGGCAAUACAGGAGGAAAUCUGAGGUGCCUAGGCGACAGCCUUUCUACAACUCUCUGAUCGCCAACUGGAGGAACCAGUUGGAUGAAUGGAAUGAAAAGAAUCGAGAAAUUGAUUCCAAAGAUGCUCACAAAAUGAAGUACCCCUCUCAUCUGCAUGAGUGGUUAGAGAGAGUCAAAUUUAACCACACUCGCAAAUGGCAGACGCUCAAGUAUUCAGAACCAAAAUGGACAGCAUGGCAAUUAGCACAAACCAACGGUUCUCCCAAACGUGCUUAAAUUUGACAUGUCGAUGGCGGCCCCAAACUUUCCUUCCGCCACAUAAAACUGUGCAAUAUAUUUAUGAACUUUGGUGCAAUCAUCACUGUGCCUGUCUGCAGGGCUAACAGUCACGUGUUAUUUUUUUUUUUUACGAGCACAUAUUUUUUAUUUUACUACUGAUUCUCAUGAUCAUGAUGGCACCGAAGAAUGAGAUGAUUUUUUUGGCUUUGCGUUUUGUUUGUUUUUAAUCACACAUCCGUCCUUUUUAUCAUGAAUUCAAUUUAUACAUUUGUUGAGAACUGUUUUAUAA